UUUAUUGUGAUUAUACUAAUCACGAUUAAUUUCGGAAUCUAAAACAUUUAUUUUUAAUAGUUAUCUAUAUUACAUUAUUAUUUAUUACCAUAAUAACUAAAUAAAUUAAAACAAUAUAAUGAGAUUAAAUAAUUAUAAUUUUUGCUAUUAAAUUAGUCCCUGAAUCACUUUGGCAGCAGCAAGAUCUUCGAGUGCGAACGGUUUGAUAGGAUCGACUCAAUUAUUUCUUGUUUAACAUAACCUAUUUGAUUUUUUUUUGUUUGACUGUAGAAUAUUUUCUGAAGUGCAGUGUCUAUUUUGUGUUUAUUUAAUACUCGUAGUGCAAUUAUGAUUUUACAUGUUAUAACUUACAUAUUAAAAAUGUUUUGGUGAUAUGAACAGUUUGUCCUAUUGGUUAUUGUUAAUUGACGUUUACAAAUUUAUAUUAAUUUUAGUACACAUAUGAAUAAGAUAUUGAUUGUAAAACCUGAACAAAUGUUAUAAAAUUUUUCACAGAAAAUGAUAACACGUUUGAUAUUGUUAUUUGCCAUAUGCUUCCAAACAAUACAUCAUAGUUCUGAAGCGUCUUUUGCUUGUUCAGAAAAUACUGAUAGUUACUCAACAUCGUCCAAACCAAUUCAUAAGUACCAUGAGUGUGAAAUGGAACAUAACCUUUUUAACAUCGGGAACAAUUCCAAUAGUACCAUAUGGAUAGGUCAUAUGAUUGCUAUGCUAAUGGAAGGAUUCACGCCUUAUUCACACGAUAAUCCAAAGUGUACUGAAGAUGGAAAUCUGUACAAGGAACAUUUGAUUAAGCAAGAUUUGUGGGCUGUUCAGAUGUAUGCUUCCUCAGCCAAAUAUCCCGGCGGCCUUUUAACUGGUAUUACAUAUGAAAUGGGACACUAUGAUCAGUGCUUGAGAGCGCAAUCAAAAGAGUUAAACAUGUACAGCGCGUAUGUUCUGCCUAACAUUCGGUUUGGAACUUCUCAGACAGCUGGCAAUUUUUCAAGACAUCAUCAGAUAGAUAACACUUAUUGGGCACUAUGCAUCCCAGACUCUUGUAAUGCCCAAGACGUACAGAUAUCAGUGGAAGAAUUGUUGACGCCUACAUUUCAACGUUAUAAUGUAUCGGUCAAAAUUUCUGUUAAUCCUGCUCUAUAUACAUCAAAUAGAAUAUCUGAUGCAAAACACACAGAUGGUUACCUAAUUGCUUUUUGCUUGAUUUUGAUUCUGAUCAUAUUACUUAACAUAUUUGGCACUUUGUACGAAAUGAACGUUAUUGGUAACCAAUAUGUUAAUAGCCCCAUUCUAAAAACUAUUUUACGGUCGUUUUCUAUAAGGACGAGCAUUAAUCAAGUAUUUCAAAAACCAAAAGAAAGUGAUUUGGCUGCUAUUAAUGGACUUAAAACAUAUUGUGCAAUCAUAAUAGUUUGCAUGCAUAGAGUUUUUUUUACUAUACCAUUGAAUGCAACAGUACCUCCUUACUUUAUGGAAAACCUGGCGACAAAUUUUCGGCGUAGUUGGAUGAAUUUAGUCGUUGUUGUCGAAAUAUUUUUUGUAAUAUCGGGAUUUUUUAUGUACAUUACUGUAACCAACCGAUUGAAUAAAAACAGAAAACUUAAUAUUUUUUACUUAUUCUUUUAUAGAAUUGCGAGACUUCUGCCUGUAGAUAUAAUUGUCUUAUUGCUGUUUGUUGGGUUGUUACCUCACAUGGGAGAUGGGCCACUUUGGAAAUUGUACGCAGUCUCGGAGGCCGAAAAAUGUCGCAAGAAUUGGUGGAAAAAAAUUUUAUUUAUUGAUACUUACUCAGAAAAAUUUGGAGAUAAGUGUAUGCUGAUUUCAUGGUCUGUAAACUGCGAAGUACAUUUUUAUGCAAUCGGAGCACUUAUAACGUAUGCAAUAUGGAAAUGGCAAAAAAUUGGCCUUUGGAUUUUAGGCAUAAUGUUUGCAGCAUCUAUUUACAUACCGGCAAUGACGAUUUACACAAAUAAUAUAACGGGGAUUUUGUCAUAUAGGGAAGUGUUGAAUUAUUCAAAUGACCCAUAUGUCAAUCUUGUAUACAUUAAGAGUCACCAGAGGAUUACAACAUACCUGAUUGGAAUAGCAGCGGCACACAUAUAUACAAAACUUAAACGCGAUGGGGUCAAAAUAUCCGCUCGGAAGAAGACAUUUGGCUAUUUUAUUUCCCAAUUAUUGAUUGUUAUCAGUGUACUUGCAACGGCUUCGUUUAAUUUACCCGGAAUUGAGUACAAUGUGUGGCAUCACGUGUUAUACUUUACUUUACACAGGAUCGUAAUUGCAAUUUGCGUAUCAUAUAUUAUCGUCGUUAAUGCGAUAUGUGGAGACGGUUGCGUCGUCAAGUUCUUUAAAAGUCAUUUUUUUUCUGUAAUGGGAAAUCUUACUUACAGUAUGUAUUUAUGUCAUCACCUGUUUCAAGCACAGUCAGUGUCUUCGAUUAGAACAUUAAUGGAUAUGGACAAAUGGAUUUUAAGUCGCUAUAUAAUAAGUGAUGUAAUGAUGUCGAUGUUUGGCAGCUUACUCAUAGUUUUGUUAUUCGAAAUGCCAUGCCAAGCGAUAAGAUGUAAAUUGGAUACUUACUUUCAAAAAGUAAAAAAUCAGCCUUGUCCUAACACAUACGAAAAAGAUAAUGAGAAAAAAAUGAAAAUUGGGUAAUUGUUAAAUCCAGUUGUCCAUAAACUCCAUUUGGUGAUAUAAGGUAUAAUUAAUAAAGGAAGAAAGUGCACCGUAGCAACUCAAUUGUAUCAUUAUUAUUAUCUGUACAUACCGUUGAAAUACGCUAUCCAAGUAGAAUAAAUAAUAAAAAUUGAAUUAAAUAAUUUA